GACCCCAGCCAAAUUAUUCUCACCAUUUCAGUGCCAUCCCCGCUGCUCAUUUUCGAUGCAUAUUUUGCCACCCCCGUGUUAUUCCAACGCGGCAGUAAUAUUUUUUUUUUCUUUAAAAGGAAAAGUUUGCUCAAAUUGGAAGGCCAUUUUGGUAACCCCCCACUUUUGAGAAGUUACCAAAAAAAAAAAAAAAAAAUUCAGCCCAACGAACGGUACCAAAAUAAGCGUUCCCAUGAAAGGUAAAGAAAAAAUGGCAAUGUAGGGCCAAACAAUACCAGCGUAUAACUUUACUACCUAUAAGUACUUUUACAUGUACGGCACCAAUCCGUACGUGCGACUGAACAUAUAUGCCUAGUGGAAGACCAUCUGGAGGAUGCAGCAACAAGGCAACCCAAUGGCGGAUGCGGAACGUGCGUCCAGUGGGAAGGACGACCGAUUAGCGAAGCGGUCGGGUGAAGAAGCGCAACCCGCGGACACCCCCCACAGCGGCAAAAAUGACCAGAAGGGAGAACCAAAGAGGAAGAGGAAACAUUUGGAGGAAGGCAAAGCUGUGACGAAACCCUUAGGCGAAGGGAACCAACUAAGUUUAUACGCACAGAUAAAGAAGGCCAAAACGAAAGUGGGCAGCAAGGGCGGGAGAAAGGAGCCUAUUGCUGACGCGGAGGUUUCCCCGAGCAGUGAGGAGGAUGACGUGAUAGAGGAGGAGAACGACCUGGUGGGGCAGCCGCCCAGGGAAGAGGCAAAAAAAAAGAAAAAAAAAGAAAAGGAAAAAAAAAAAGAAAAAAAAAAAAAACAGAAGGAGCAAAAGGAGCAGACGAAGCAGCGAGAAGCGCCGCCAUCAACGCCGCCAUCAACGCCGCUAUCAACGCCCCCAGUUGCGCCGCCAGACGGGCCCACGGACGAGGUGAGCCCGUCCGACUACGAAAGGCUCCUGGCGUCGGAAAAAAACAACAGCGCCAUCUGGGUGAGCUACAUAGCCUACCACCUGGAAAAGGGCAGCCUGGAAGAAGCCAGAAAAACAGCAGAAAGGGCGCUGAAAACCAUAGACAUACAUAAAGUGGAGGAAAAGAGAAACAUCUUCUUCUGCUACAUAAAUAUGGAGUGUACGUACGGAGACAAGUUAAGAGAAAUAUUUAAGAGAGCCCUCCUCUGUUGUAAUGAGAAAAAAGUGUACAUACACACAAUGAAUGUGCUCAAGGUGAAUAAAAAAUACAAUCAGUUGAAACAGCUAAGUGAAGAAGCCAUCAAAAAAUUCCAUUAUUCCAAAAAGAUAUGGUCUCAUUAUUUAGAAAUUAUACACAGCACUUUUAAAGAUGAAGCAUAUGCUCACGAAAUUCUGUUAAAGUCCCUACACUGUUUGGCCAAAAGAAAACAUCUACGUAUGGUUAUAAAUGCUGCGAGAUUUGAAUAUAAAUAUGCCAAUAAAGAAAGAGGCAAAAGUUAUUUUGAAAAAUUAAUUCAAGAAUAUCCAAAGAGGUCUGAUGUUUGGUUUACUUACCUUGACAUUCACAUAAAUUCUUUAACAAAAAGUGAAAUAAAAGGAAAAAAAAAAAAAUUAAAUUUAAAUCAACUUGAGUUUGUUAGGAAUAUAUUUGAACGUUUUUCUUCUUGUAAGUUUAAAACAAGAGUGAUGAAAAUGAUCUUCACCAAGUGGCUCUUAUUCGAGAAGAACCAUGGCUCCGUUGCCAGCCAGAAGAUGGUUCAGAAGAAGGCCUAUGAUUACGUCGAGAGUUUGAAUGCGCUUGCUUGAUGCGUCCACCUGGCGGGGGGCGGACACCCCUCCCAUGUCUCGGCGUGCUGCUCUGUCAUGCGGAAUGUUGCCUCUCCCCGGUUGGAUGCCUCCACGUCUCCGUUAUGUCGCCUCCAUUUCGUCUUUUUUUGCCUUUUUUGCCUGUUUUGCCUUUUUUUUAUUAUUGCUUACCCCAGCGGGCAUGCCAUCAUGCGGUCACGCCACCAUGCUGCCAUCCUGCCAAUUUGUGUACCCCCCAUUUGUCUCAUUUUUUUUGACUCCACUCCCCCCUCGUUACUGCUCCCCUUGGCAUUUUCCAUUCGUGCGAACGAGGGGAGGGU